UUGAACCUUAUGUGGUAAUAUAACAGUCAUUAUUAUCUUUUUACGUUGUAGGAGCUAACUAUUAAUUGCUGAAACUAAUGUACUUGAAGCCAUUUAUAAGAUGUUUACCAUAGCUGCUGCUUCCUUGCUUGUGAUAUUGUACACCAUAUUUCACCUGCAGGCUUUGGGUUUCUUGUAGAUGAGCAUGGAAAUAUGUUAAAGAAACCUCAAAUGCUAAAUGCUAGGAUAGGUAGCAACGUGGAGAUUGGUGCUAACUCAUGCAUUGACAGAGGCAGCUGGAGAGAUACGGUUGUAGGAGAUCACUCAAAGAUAGAUAAUUUAGUUCAGAUAGCUCACAAUGUAGUUAUUGGAAAAUGCUGCAUGCUGUGUGGCCAAGUUGGAAUUGCGGGUUCUGUAACAGUUGGAGACUACGUGACCAUGGGGGGAAGAGUCUUAGUUCGAGAUCAUGUCUCUAUUGCUUCAAAGGUCCGUUUGGCAGGUGCAAGCUGUGUUACUAAGGACAUUACAGAACCUGGGGACUAUGGUGGCUUUCCAGCGGUUCCUAUUCAUGAAUGGCGAAGACAAGUUAUUAUGCACCGUCUAGCAGUGAAGAAAAAAAACCCAUAAGCAAACUUUGGUAGGAACUUUUUAGUUUUUAUCUUCCAUUUGUUUGCAUGAAGAAAAUUUCUCUAAUUACAAUGUUUGUGUAAAAGCUUUGGAAGCAUAUUUAUAACUAUACCUUAUAGCUCAUCACUAAAAAAGAAAAUACAGGUGACCAGCAUAUCCAAUUUUGGUGUGGAAAUACAUUGUUAUUUUUUUUAAUAUAUUGGGAAUUGGAAUCUCCUAUAUCUAUUUUUCCACA